GAAUGUGAGAGUUGUAUGGUAAAAGUGCGUAUUGUAAAAGGUUCUCGAUGUUAGUACCAGGAAUGUCUCUUCCAUGAUAAAUAAUCUCCCCCUGAGGAUUCCAAGUUAAAAUAUCGCUUGAUAUAAGAAUGGAAUGUAGUAUUUUUUCUGCUGUAGUUUUUUUGACAUUAUUGUUCAGAUACAAAGUAUAUCAUCAAUGCGCCAAUGUCGCGGAGAUGUUUUAGCGUCGAUGUUCAUUGUUGAAAUGAUAAAUAAAUUACAGUCACAGGGCUUUUCAAGUUCAGCCAGGCUUUCCAAAAUAGGACUUGUAAUAGUCCAAGGAAACCGUUACCAUGUUGAACGAGUAUCCGUUUUUUCCUCUUCCACAUUUUCCUCUAUCUGCCAACCUAAUCAUUUCAUGUUUGUAAGGUCGAGUUUCUUCAUUACAUACUUUGAUAUUAAAUAUUUUCUUUUCAUAACGUUUUCUACAGAGACACAGGCAGUGUACUUGCUCGGCGGUUGCUGUUUCCAGUAGCGCUUGUUAAAAAAUAAACAUGGAUAGUUUUAACGAAGACCUAGGAAAGUCGAACUUCAGUAGUGGCAGUGAGCUACCAACUAUUAUCGAUCAGUACGAAAAGACUUUGGAAGAAACUUUACAGAAACAUGCGCCUUUAAAACGAAGAACUAUUACUCUCGGGCCAUCAGCACCAUGGUAUAACGAGGAAAUUGGUAAAGCCAAAAGACACCGUAGAAGACUCGAGCGUCGUUGGCGAGCAUCUAGACUGUGCAUUGACAAAGAGAUAUAUAUUAAACAAUGUCAGAUAGUGAAUGAUAUGAUCAAGGAAGCGAAGACAACAUAUUACUCCUCCGCCAUUUCUAAUAAUAAAUAUAAUCAGAAAGUAUUGUUUGAUACAGUUGACAAACUACUUCACAGAAAACCAGAGAAAUGUUAUCCAACUAAGGCCUACUUUGGGGGCCAAGGUCGCCGUUAUUAUGUGCUACAUUGUGCGACAUUAGGCGACAUUGGCAAUUUUCAAAGAAAAGUAGUGUGCGUCGCUGGGCGAAACUGGGCGACAUUGUGCGACAUUGGGCGACAUUAGGCGACAUUGGACAAAACUGAACAGUAAUAUCCAGAUAACGUCUAAUGUAAUAUAAUUCACAAAUUAUGCAUCUACAUAGAAAAUACAACAGUAAAUAUCCAAAUAUAAUUUAGUUAUCAAAAAUUGGUUCAUGUGGCAAAGAACACAAUUAGUUUAUUACAAAUAUCAAAAAAUAACAAGGAACAUUUAUCUAACUGCUAGCCUGACAAUUUACUCAAAGUUUAUACCGUAGUACACAUACAUGCCCAUGCAGUGCAUGGUACAUUUACAGUAUCAUGGAACUCUGACUUCUUAUUAAAUUGACUGGGGUAAACACCUCAUAGAGUUUUAAAACCUGUUUAUGGACUGUGGUAUGCAGUUAUGGAAGUGAAAGAAUUGGCAUUUAAGGUAAAUAAAUUGUCAGCUAGCUAGCUAUCAUAAACAUGUACCAUGUAAAUCAUGUACCACCAUAACCAUGCUUGAAAUCUAACCCACCAAACUGGCAAACAAAUAUCUCAAAUAGUGCGAUAACUAUAAAUAUUAUAGUUUCAAUAAAAAAUAGAAUUUACUUUCAAAGCAAACAGAUAGAAAAAAGUUUGAUCCAUAUACAUUUGUAUAACUAUACUGACUUACUUUACUAAAAUUAGAUGACAGUUCCUUUACUUUAACUGAACUAAUAAAUAAUUAAAUUCCUUUUAUCCAAAACCUCAGAGACCGGUUCUUGUUCGGCUGGGAUUUGAGCCCGCAAUACCAUGGCACGUCUGGUUUAGCUUCUAACUUGUACUAGUUCGUGUAAGGAAGCAUAAUAAUUGUUAUGGCGGGCCUUGGCCACAUUUUAUAUAAACAACCUGUACCGUAGAUCUUUCUGUGGUGCGUUCAUUGCUCUGUAUCUUUUGCGAUGAUACCUAAUUAUGAGAUGUCGAUCAUCGUAGCUUCGUCGAAAAGUAAGUACUUUUAUUUUACAAACUACAAAGUCGUAUUUUGGAACAUACUAUAGAUGACUUUCUUUAUUUAUAGAUAGGACUAUUCCAUAUACAGUAACAUGUACCGGUGGUAACCCCCCUAUCGAGUUCAAGGUUUUACUAUAUGUACCCCUGAAAAAUUCCUACUGUAACAAAGUAUGUCCCAUGAUGGUUUCCUGUUAAUAGCAGUUACCACUUUAAAAAUAAUUCAGCAUUUACCUAUAGAAUUUCAAUUUUUGCCUUUGACCCCUGAUGAUCGAAAUCUCAUUGAAAAUACCCAACAUCCGGAAAAAUUCCAUAGCCAGGAUAAUUUAUUUACUUCUGAGAAAUUCCAGGGCCAAAAAGCAACUUACCCGAGAUGAAUUCCAAGUUCAUUGAUAUAAUGCCUCAUAGAGACUCAAAAAGGAUCGUGCACUGAUUUAUACUAUAUCUUAUAUAUCCCCGGGCGUUUCGGCCUUUAGGAUACCGUUUCGGCCUUUAGGAUACCUAGUGUCCUUCACUAGGCUAGUGAUAGGUAUUCUGUACUUUUGCACUCGCCAGUUAUCAUGAAUGUAUCUUUGAUAAUAAGAUCUAAGUUUGAUUUCAUAUACAACAUUUAAUGUCGUGUGAUUGUCUAAUUUGAUUGAGUUUCACAAAGAAACACAUUGGAGAAGAUAGCCAGAAGGCUGCCUUAACAACAUAAUUUAGGUAAUUCUCAUUGGAAUAAUGUGUUGUAAUUCAUAUACAUAUAAACCCCAAAUAACCAAGCCUCAUUAAUACUGGUGAGAGAUGGUGCCCUAACAGCACAUGCCCUUGGUGUUUGUGUACAUGUAUUUAUGAAAAAAACAUGCAAGAAACUAACAAAUAAAUAAGGAAUAGACUAGUAUGGACGACAAGCUCAAAGUGCAAAAUUGGGCAUGCUUGUGUGAGAUUAUGCGACAUUAGGCGAAAUUAGGCGACAUUAAGCAAAUAGACUGUCAGGCAAAGUUAAAAAAUUGGGUGCACAUGGGCGAAAGUGGACGAAAUUAGGCGACAUUAGGCGACAUUAGGCGACCUUGGCCCCCAAAGUAGGCCUCAACUACAUCAUCAAAAACUGAGCUAGUUAAUAAUUUUGGGGACUUCUUUAGUAACAAGAUAGCAGUUUUACGUAGUGAUUUGGCCAAUAUAUCCACCUAUGACAAUCAGUUGAGACCAGCGGAACUGUUGACACAAUGCGUUGAGUUUAGAGUCUUUCAAACGGUAACGGAGCAAGAAGUCGAAAAUAUUGUUGACGCGAAUGGCAAAAAAUGCUGUGAACUCGACCCUAUACCUGCAACAAUUCUUAAAGGCUGUAAAAAGACUCCACUACCUACGUUUACCUACAUCAUCAACAAGUCAAUCGAAACUGGAUGCAUGCCUGUACAACUCAAAGAGGCUAUGUUAAAACCUAAGCUGAAGAAAAGCAAUUUGGAGUUCGAAGAAUACUCAAACUUCAGACCAAUUUCAAAUCUUAAAUUUCUAUCUAAGAUAAUCAAGAAAGCUGUUGCUACUCCACUCAUGGAACAUUUAGUCAAUAAUAACUUAGAAGAACCUCUCCAAUCAGCAUAUAAACGCUUGCACAGUACCGAAACGGCCCUGCUUAAAGUUCAGAAUGACAUUCUUAUCGCUAUUGACAAUCAGAAAUGUGUAGUUUUGCUGUUGUUGGACAUGUCAGCCGCGUUCGACACAGUUGACCAUGAAAUCCUAUUGGAACGAAUGUCAAAACGGUUUGGAAUUAAAGACAAGGUGCUAGAAUGGUUUCAGUCCUACCUUCAAAACAGGACACAAACUGUGAUGAUUGAUGGCGUUAAAUCUGCAGCUAAAGAUCUAAAUUGGAGAGUCCCGCAAGGCUCAGUUCUGGAUCCUAUUUUGUACCUGUUAUACACCUCGCCCAUUGGAAAUAUCAUUAGACGUCAUGAACUUGACUUUCAUUUCAUUUCUAUGCUGAUGAUUCGCAACUAUAUCUUGCUUUUGAGCCAACUACAGAUGAACAACCGGGUGCACUUGUGCGAAUAGAAACAUGCGUUAGAGAGAUCGACUCGUGGAUAGUUAGUAAUAAAUUGAAGCUAAAUGGAGACAAGACAGAGUUGUUAGUAAUAAAUGCACGCCAUCGCCCAUGCCCGCUUAUAGAUCAUAUAGAUAUAUCCAAUUUUAAAAUCCAACCAUCUGACACAGCUGGUAACAUUGACGUAACAUUCGACCGACAUAUGUCUCUAAAUCAACACGUGACUAAUAUCUGCAAGACAUAUUUCUUUCAUUUGCGUAAAAUAGCAAAGAUAAGAGCGUAUCUAUCUACAGCAGACACUGAAACUCUGGUCCACUCAUUUAUUACUUCUAAACUGGAUAGCUGUAUUUCUCUGCUAUAUGGGUUGCCAAAACUCAUGAUUGAUCGAUUACAAAAUGUGCAGAACAGUGCAGCGCGUUUGAUAGCAAGACGUAGAAAAUUUGAUCAUAUCACCCCUGUUAUGAAAGAACUGCACUGGCUUCCCGUAAGCCAACGUAUCAUUUACAAGAUACUUCUCAUCACCUACAAAGCUCUAAAUGGUCUUGCACCAAGCUACAUUAGGCAUACAGUACUGUCCAGAAAUAACCUAACAAAAACCGCGGUUAACCUAGGUCAAACCUAGGUCAGACCUAGGUCAGACCUAGGUCAGACCUAGGUCAGACCUAGGUCAGACCUAGGUCAGACCUAGGUCAGACCUAGGUCCAACCUCGGUCAAACCUCGGUGAAACCUAGGUCAGAUCGAGGUCGGACCUCGGUUUGACCGACGUUAACCGCGGUUUGAGUGAGGUCUGACUGAGGUUUAACCGAGGUUGACAAAGUUUUGACCGCGUUUAACCGAAACAAAAACCGCGGUCGACCGUUGGCGAGACAGCACCGCAAUUUGUUCGUCCCGUAAUCGGAAAUUAACGAUCGUUUCCGAAUUUUCGAUUAAGCGUCUAUUUUGAUUUUUCGAAGUUGUCGGUCGCUUACAAAUUUCGAGACAAAUUUUUGUUUUAAAAUGCCGAAAUUGUCCGCGUAUGCUCGAGAGAGAGUUAUUAACCUGUAUUCCUCAGGAGAAAGCGUAACUAAGAUAACAAAAUUACUGCAAGGGGAAGGAAUAAAAGCUCGAGAUCAGCAGUGAGCUCUUUUCUGUCUCGAUAUCGACGAACUGGCAGCAUUCAAGAUGCGAAGAGAAGUGGCAGAAAAACAAAAUUAAGCAAUGACCAUGUCAAAUUCAUUGACGAUAGAAUGAAAGAAAACGACGAGCUUACAUCGGCAGAGUUGACAGAAAAAUUGUCGAAGGAAUGCCAUGUCGAAGUGUCCGCAACCAUUGUUCGUCGGGUCAAACGAAAUGUACUUGGUUGGAAAAGCGAAACUGCUCGUUAUUGCCAAUUUGUCCGCGAACCAAAUAAGAUGAAAAGAUUUAUAUUCGCUUCCAAUGCUUUGCUCAACAAGGACACGUUUGAAGACGUGAUAUUUACCGACGAGACAACUGUUCAAAUUGAACAGUAUGCCAGGAUAUGCUUCCGAAAAGAUGGCAGUCAACCCAAACGAAAAGGACGCCCGAAGCACCCUCUGAAGGUAUGUAAACAUUUUUCAAGUAUAAAAGUAUAUUAUGUAGCAUGGAUCAUUUAGUUAUUUCCCUUCCCCUCUGAAUGCAAGAAAUAUACUGGCCUGUGUCAAUAUGAAGAAAUACAGCUCACUGCCAUGCUAACCUGAAAUUCAGGCCCUAAUUUAGAAUAGGGCCUGACACAAAACCUGUCUAAACCGUGGACGCCCACAUGUUAUUUUUAGACAUAGUCAUACAACAUGAUUGACAAGUGUUGUAGAUUUCAUUGCACGAAAAUAAAUACGAAAAAUAUAAAGAUAUUCAUUUCAUGUUGGAUUAUUUGUUUUUAUAUUCUCAUGAAAAUGUUCGCAGAGUGUGCAUUUUGCUUUUUAAACUUAAAAAUUCAAGGUACUUUUAAGAGUUCAGUUUCUCUAUUUAUUAAUCUAACCGAACAGCAAACAAAGAUUUAGUCAGUUCUGUGCAAGGACUGAAUGCAAAUAGUUUUGUUCGCUGCGAUCUACUUUCCGCAAUAUAGCUCAGAGAUCAACGCCGAUAGGACCAGAUAAUAAGACUUUCACCGAAGCCAGUUGGCAGAAUGGCAAAGACAUCUUGGGCCUUGGCUGUCCACAACAAGCUUUCGAAUGCACGACUUUUGCUGUUCUUUCAGCGUUGUGUGUCCAAACUUCGUCAAAGUGAAAGAUUUUGAUAAAGCCCUUUCAAAAUACUGUGUGUUUGAUUUAUUUUCUGCCAUAAAGCAUUAAACAAAAGAAAUUCGAAGAAAUUCGACAAUACUAUUACGAUAAUCACAAUGGAAUUUGAUCGUUUGACCUUGUCACAUUGACCGAGCUAUUUAUAAAAUAUUGUUUAUGUGAACUUGCAACCAAUCAAAAUCUUUCAUGAUGCUGAUCAACCAAUCAGAUUUCCCGUCGACCAGAUGGACGGGAAUCCCACGGUUUAGAUAGGAUUAGUACCUGUAGAAUCGGAAUUGUCAGAUUACUAUAGAAAUAAAAUCACUUCGCUUAGAUUUACAUUUUUUCUGCAUUAGUUUGCGACUGGCCCACGGAAAUCGGCUAGUAUUUACUGUAUAACUAUAGUACUAUACUUCCUAAAAAGUAAAAGGUUCUGUCAUUAGACAUAAGUGAAAUAUUCCUAACAUUUUAUAGGCGGAAGCGCUUCGCUGCAUGGAGACGUAUGGUGAUCAAUUUUGCUUAGCUUUUCGCGGCCUUUGCUUCAAUAUACUGUAGCUACAUCAUACAUGGACGCUGUCAUAAAAGGUCAUAAAAUAACAAGCAAAGCUUUAGCGCCACGUAUAUAAUUCGAUUAGGCGACACCACUAGAUCAGUGGGCGACACACAGUAUAAUAUAUACGAACUGUAUGGAACUUAAGCGUCAGUAUACAGUAUGUAUGCACCGUAGUGACAAUCCUGGCAUCACACUCGUUAUGUUUAUAAAUUUAGUUCGCGGAGCUUAAUUAUGUCCCGGUUUAUUGAAAGGUUUAACAGACUUACUUUAGCUGACAAUCCAAGAUCUGUUCACAUCUUUUGAAAACCGGUGUUACAGUAAAACUCAUCACCCGUCAAUUCUGCACAGUCAAGGUAUUGCCAUCGAUCGAUUGAUAUGCUACGUGCGACAUAUAGAAUUUGAGUCGUAUUGGAAGGAUAUCGUUUAUACUGUAUAUUGUUUUACUUGCUUUGACUUGUGAAUCAUUUUGAGGUAAAGUUUUAGGCCCUGUAAAGGCCAUUAUUUUUCUCGCAACAUUUUUUGCCAAAGCACUAGUUUUUAGUCUUCGUUUCCAAAUUCAAACACGGCAUUUCAUGAUCUUAUUAGAUACAGGUAUUUCUGAUCUUUUUACGAAAGAAAGUCAUCAUCGAAAUUUGUCCAUCAUCUAUAUUGUUCAAAAUAUAUUUCAUCAGUGCAAAGAAAUGAGAACUAUCAAUCUAAACGCCCAUUACAUUGUGCUGUUGAAGUCACCAAGAGAUAAACAGCGAAUUUCUAUGCUUGCAAGGCAAGUAGAUCCUGGUAGAGUACAAGAAUUUAUGAGGAGUUAUGGAGAUGCUACGAGCCGACCUCAUGGGUAUUUGAUGUUGGAUUUAAAGCCAACAACGAGCGAUUAAGAUCGACUUAAGACGAAUAUACAUCCCGGCGAGAUUGCAAAGUUUAUACAAAAACAAUCGUAUCGACAACCACCGCUUCUAAAUGCCAUGUGUGAUGCCGAGCAGCGAAUGAAAGAAAUCAUGGAAGCGCAACUGCUUAGCGCCGUUGAAAAAAGCAAAUUAUAUUCUGAUCAGCUAAACCGGUUUCUCACAUUCAAAAAUAAGAUCACUCAUUCUUCUCCUGGAAUUCCUGCUCAAAGUAUCCCACAAACGCCUGCAGAGAUGCCACAACCCAAUGAAUCUGUUGAGAUAACACCACCAGUGCCUGCUACUCCUAAACCUAAUUUCCUUACUCCACCACCAACAGAAGAGGAACGACCAAAACUGAAGCGAAACUUUUUCCACAAUUGGGUCGACCCAGCAGAUUGGACCGAACGUGACCUAGCACGAAUGACUCCGGAAGCAAGAGAGGAUUAUGAACGUUUUAUAAAUACAUUCCAAUGAAGCCGGAGAAACUUGCAAAGUUAUCCCCAGAAGAUAGACAAGAAUAUGAGAACUCUUUAAAAAUAACAAAAACACCUAGACGUUAUGCUCUUAGAAGUAGACCGUACUAAAUUUUGUAAAACGUUUGGAAGAAAUAAAUGUAUUUUAAAUCUGAAAUCUUGUGCAAGCUUUUACCUGCAAAGCCCGCUCUUUCCGCCCGCGCGAUUUGCCUAACCCGCCCUCCUGAUUGGUGUACAAAUAUGUUGUAAAUUAAUAUAUGCAUGCAACAAGCGUCGCUAAUUAAUGACUGGCAACACAUAGGAAAGUAUAUAACGAACGCAUAUUUGAUAAAAACAUAUUUAUUUUUUAUUGCAAAAUAUAUUACAACUGUUCUGAAAGUUUUUUUCAUUCAAGUAUUCUUGAUAAGCUUUCUUAUGAUCUGACUCGGUCAUCUUAACAGUAUAUAUGUAUGUAGGAGGUUUGCUAAAUAAUGUUGAACAACAUGCAAAUAUUGUCCAUAACAACGACGUUGACAACCAUGUUAAUCUGGGAUUAGCAACUGUUUAGUUCUGUUUAAAAUAUGUCUCGAUUUUUGUGACGAAUAGAUUCCUCGCUAUAAUUUUGUAAACAUACGAAAAAUCCUUCAAUAUACCUGUGGAAAUUUAUCUCUUCAGAGCAAAGAUACGGCUAUAACUCUGCUAUAUAUUAUUUUCGAUAACAAUUUUGCCAUGUGAGGGACACGAACUAAUCUUAAUCCCUCUAUUGUAUCACACACGUGGAGGGACGCUAAAAAUGUCUAGUUAUCAAGUGUCCACAACAGCUAUUCGUAUUCCACAACAGCUAUUAGUUAUAUCUUAAUACACGAUUUUUGAACAAAUAGUUUUUCAGCAACUACUGAAAUACAGUACUACAGAACAAACUACACAAGCGAAAGUGUGCAAGUAUUUCCGUUUUGACCGUAAGCGCAGUUUAGUCCUACUGUACCGCGCCAACUGGCGGCCGACAGAACAAUGCUAAAUAUAGCUUUACUUGUAACCGCAUUUUACUUUGUCUGGUUCUAUAAAAUCCUGACCUAGGGUCAUUAUGCUAACAAAAACUUCAAAGCUGAGCCACCUACCUGCAAUACAAACCUAGCGAAUUUGAGAGCGGCAGCUGCACUCUCCCCUUGACAAGCAAAAUCGAAGGGGGGAGGGGAAUUUUUUCUUUCCUAAAUUUUUAAAAUUGAAAGCCCCCCUUAAAAGAGCAGAAUUUAAUGAUGACCACCCCUUCACAUUAGAAUAUUUUUCUUUGACCCCUCCUUUUCAUUUUUACUCGUCAAAUGGGGAUACCCAGGCUUUAUAGUGUUAAUUAUUACAUAAGAAUAUGGAACUGACAAGAUAUUAACGUCGACCAAAUAUUUAUAAUAGCAGAAAAUUAUAAAUAAAAGACGGUAUUUUUAUUUAUAACACUAAAAUCAGGUUUUCAUUUGGUCUGGGCGAUUGUAACCAUGUUUAACGCAGAGUAUUAGUGUUUGGAGGCAGGUGCAGUUUGUGGUCCAAGGCUGCAACUAGACUUUAUGGCACAAAGUAUGGCCAAAGCAGCUGCGCAACAACAAUGAUAGCAACAGUCAGUAAUAUUAGCAGUAAAAGGAUCUAGCCAUGACAAUUCUGCCAAGGCAUACCUACGAAAUACAAUGUAUGGUGGUCUAUGCAUCCUUAAUUUAUGUGAGCUUAAAAAUUAUAUAAAAUAAAAUGUACUACCAGAUAAAAUAGAAUGAACAUGGGUUUUGGGUGUGUGUGGGGGAAAAAGGUAUCGAAGCGCUAAACUUGCUGCAGCUAGGCAAAGCAUACAAUGGCAGGAUGAAUAGCCAGACCGAAGCACUGAUCACAAAGCGCGAAAUAACCCCCUUUGAUCGAUAGGACGUCACAGACUCCCCUCAUCAGAUGUAGCCUGCAUAAUACAUCUGCCGUUAACCUUGCUUAAAUGUGUUUAACCCCAUCAAGAUAGCUGAUGUAACAAUACAUUGUCAAUUUAUCUCAGCAAUCCGUAAGACUGAUUUGCAUACGUACAGCACACAGAAGACAAGAUAAAUCCAGACUAUUUCACAUCCGUGACCAUGAUUUAGUUGUAACAUUUAUAACCAAAUGGAUACCAGACCAGGUUAUUAAGCAAAUUCCUGCAAAUUUAAUUGCAACCCCCCCCCCCGUCAUUUUCUUGAAAAAAUUUAAUAGCCCCACCUUCUAGUCAUUUAUGUAUGCAUAUGGCCCCCACCCUUAUGUUUUCCCUCCCCCUUCCAUAAAUAAUGACCUGUCCCUAAGUUCCGAAGGCAAUUCUGUAAACAAAAAAAUGAUUGUCGUGCUAAACAUGAUAAGUUUGAAUAUAGUUCACCAAAAACUAUUCUAUGUGAGCGGAAUUUGCAUGUUUUCCGUGUGAAGGACAAAAGCACAGCAUGUGUUGCCUGAACAGAGAAGGACAAUGGUUCUUCGUCCUUCGCUGGCAAAACAUACAAAUUCGCCUUAUGCACAAUGCAUAUCACAAAAACAAAUAAACAAAACCAACCGCCUCGCGCCGUUAUAAGAAAGACCCUGGAACCUAGGUUGAAACAAAACUCACUUGAGAGGUCAUUUGGCCAACCGAGGCAAGGUUAUUUGGCAGCCAAUUAGCGGUUACCAAAUUAUGAGCAGAUAUGGUGACAAGAUUUAGUUUUCAUUUGUAUAGCCCCAGCGAGUUAACGCUCUAUAGAGCGUCUUGUUAAAUAUAAAACAUUUUCCGUGUUGAUUUGCAGUUGUAGCCUAUCAACACGAGUGGAAAUUGUGAAAACGAGAAAUCGGUUGGAAACGCGGAGGGUGGAGUGUUUUCACACAAUUUCGAGUUUUACCAAUUUCCACGAGUGUUGAUGUAACUAUGUAGCUAUCAAUACGGAGAAAUGUUUUAUAUUUGUUUUAUAGUGUAGCACAAAGAAACAUAAAGAAAGAAAUUUUCCGUAUUGGCAUUGAGUUGCAUUAACACGGCUCGUAGCUAAUCAGCGUUCAGAAUUUACAAAUGCUACAUUAUAAUACAACAUAUAUCGGCGGCGAAUUUGCUUAAACUGACUAAAUAAAAAGUUAAUAAACUUGUUUUUACAAAUAUGUGUGCAUAAAUAAACUCAAGGAAAUUUGACCUAAUUUUAACGAAAAAACAAUAUUACUAACUUCGAGACUGUUGCAAACAAAUUAAUUUCGCGAAGACAAGUUUACCCACGCUUUUAUCAUUUUAAACAAAACAGGUAGAAAAAACUAUAUUAAUGUCCCAAAUUAUUUUCAUUGUUUUGCAAUAUGGCUUGUCGUAUGUUUGAAAUUGACAAAACAUCUGAAAAAGGGUUGAAAAACCUUGAAAAAAGCCACGAUUCGCAACUGUCCCAUAUCGUAAAAUAUUGGAUCGGCACGUGACCCUCUCAACGAUUACUGAUUGGUUAAGUGCGCGUGAGUGUAUAAUAAUAACUUCUUAUUAACCCAACACGAGAUCUGUACAAAGAAAUAUCGGACCGAGGUCGUUUUUGUACAAAGCGAUCCCGUAGGGCAAGGUUUGUACAAAAAGACCGAAGUCCGAUAUUUCUCUGUACGUACCGAGCAAGCGAGGUUAAAAAAAGUUUAUUAUAUGUGUUAUAGUCAUUUAUACUUGAAACAAACAAAAAAUGCAUGAUUUGAAAUGCAUAUAUUAGUAGCGUGGUACACAUUUGGUCGAAGAAAACAAAAAAUACCAAUGCAUUCCUUUUUUUCCACUAAAAACCAUACGCAGAUACCUGAUUAAUAAAAAAUUAAAUUAUGAUUUUCCAAUUUUCAAUUAGUUUUGCUGUUUUGUUUUAAAAUGCAUGCGUUUGUUUUUACGUAAUUGCCGCCAGUCCUGCAUUAUGGGAAAUAAUGGACCGCUGAAAAUGCUUCUCAGCCAAUCACAGUUCGCCCUUUCAGCGGAAUUAGUAAUGCUUUCCAUAUAAUAAUAACAAUGGUUCUCGCACUACACUUUUGUUAUACUGUAUUUCAUAAAGGUCUUUUCUUCAAUAUUUUAUGGUCGUUUAACCUUCCGCCUUCAGACUAUGAACUAGAGAAAUGACAACAAAAAUAUAUAUUAGAGUAUUUAUCACUUAUUCAUUAAUUUUAAGGGUUUUUUUUUACUGGAAUGGAUUACGCAACAAUUAUUUAUAUCCCUACGUGAUAACUAUCUUAACGUUCGGUGAUGUUAAAUUUUUCAAUUGUAUUUUUAUAGAUAUCAACGAGUGUGAUGAUCCAGCUGCAUGUCACGAGAAUGCCACGUGCGAUAACACACCUGGAUCAUAUACUUGCUCGUGCGAACCGGGCUUGUCAGGAGAUGGUAAAGACACUUGUGUUGGUAAGUUUUGAUUUUAGUUCGCACAUGACGAAAGAAGGGUAGUAACCAAGACCUUCUUUUCUCCAGGGUAUAAAUACUGAAUAAAUAUAUAGAGGCUUUAAAAGUCAUUUUUCGUCCGCAACAAAUGCAAAGGUGUCGAAAUUGUAAUGAGUUGAACUCGGACAGCUUGUGUCAAUUACGUUUUGUUAUAGUAACAAAUGUUUCAACAAGUUAAAUUUCACGAUUAAAUAGUAUUGUUUGUGGAAAUACCACGUAAAUUUAUUACUGCAAAGCUUUCGAUACAUAAGCCCGGAUCUUCACCAGUCCUAAUAAUAUGUGAAAGCAUUUUAUGCUAAUAAUAUGAAUGCUUUGCAGUAAUACAUUUACGUGGUGUUUGCACAAACAAUAGUGUUAUAUGUUUUAUUGCCAUGCACUAUAUCUACAAAGAAUAUAAGUUUCAAGAUUAUUUACAUGUUACUUGCCCACAGUUUCUAUGGUAAUGUAGAUACAUUUUUUCUCAAAUUUGUCUCAUUUUCAAAUUCCAUAAAAAGGUUUUGCUUGGACUUUAAGGGGCGUUAAAUUGCCUCUAGUACCCCAAGGAUCCAUCCUUGGUCCACUAUUGUUCCUGUCAUAUAUUAAUGACUUUAACUAUUAUUCGGAUAUAAUCAACUUUCAUCUUUUUGCUGAUGAUUCAAAUUUAUUUUAUGAAAAUAAAAGUAUCAUUUCACUUGAAAAUCAAAUUAACUAAGACUUAGUUAAACUAAAUAAUUGGUUAUGUGGCAACAAGCUUUCUCUUAACAUAAAUAAGUCUAAUUUUGUAAUUUUUCAUCCUCCACAAAAAAAAAUACUGUAUUCAGUACAUCUUUCUGUUAACAAUAUUGACAUUAGACAGGAAAGGUCUAUUAAAUAUCUUGGAAUUAUAAUUGACUGUAAUUUGUCUUGGAGAGAUCACAUUCAAUAUUUAAUCAAAAAGCUUAAAAGAAAUGUUGGGCUUAUUUCUAAAAUUCGUUAUUUUGUUAAUCUUCAAGUUCUAAAAAUCUGUAUUACGCCCUUAUAUCCAUUUCUUACUUACGGCAUUAUUAUUUGGGGUAACACUUAUAAGACAACUAUCGAAUCUUUAUUUAUUAUUCAGAAAAGGGUUAUUCGUAUUAUGACCUCUCAAUACACAGAUCAUACCAUUCCCAUUUUUAAUCAUCUUGGUUUUAUUAAGUUACAUGUUCUGGUUUAUUUUCAAACAGCUUUAUUUAUGUUUAGGUUUCAUAAUCAGCUCUUACCUGAUGUGUUUAAUAAUUUUUUUACACCAGUUAGUGGCGUUCAUAAUUACAACACUAGGCUUGCCUCGAAAAGUUCUUAUGUAAUUCCCAAACCUAGGACUAACUACGGUAACUUUUCAAUAGGUUUUCAAGGAGCAAAAGUUUGGAAUUCUAUAGAUGAAUCAUUAAAAACAACUAGUUUUCGAGUAUUUAAAAAAAAUAUGAUGUUAAAUAUUGUAAGGGACUAUACUGGAUGAUCCUGUUUGGAUACAAUGCUUUCUCCAGACUACAACACAAUAUUAUGCGAAUGGUUUGUUCCGGUUGUUUGCCUACUUAUUUUCCAACCUAUCAUGAGUUGCUGCUUUACUGAUCAAUAUUUUUUGCUAUAAGCAAACGUGUAUCUAUUUUCCCAGUUUAUGUCUCCACCGUUACUGCAAGUUGACUGAUUUAUCUUUUAAACCUGCUAUAUUAAUGUCAUAAUCUUACAUCAUGCCUGUUCAUAGUUAUUACAGGCAUUUGACUGUAUGUUAAUUUAAAUUUAAGCACUUAUAAAACUUUCAAUAAAAGUUCUUCUUCUUCUUCUUCUUCUCCUCUUACAUGCACAACAACUGAAUUAUAAACAGGUUAUAAACAACUGAAUUAUAAACAGGUUAUCAUUUGACAUUGACGGCGAGAUGUCAGCUGAUGCAUCAAAAACGCUUUUUGCUCGUAUUUUAAUAACAUUGUUGCCACUUUGAAGCAGAAAGCUUUUCCACUACGUAAUCUAGUUUGGAGAAACCCUAAAAACAUUGGUAAAAAGACGUAGAAAGUUUUCAAGUUUCGAAAUGUUUCCAUUUUGGGAGUGGAAAGACAGCUGAGAUCGCUUAAAUCUACUAAAUCUACGGGUUGUGACAAUUUACCACCAAGAUUAUUGAAAGAAUCAGCUUCUACCAUUGCUCCACCGCUUACCCAUAUAAUAAAUUUGUCAAUGCAGUCUGGUCUGAUUCCAUCCGAAUGGAGAUCGGCAAAGAUCAUACCAAUUCACAAAUCGGGUCCGAGAUCGAGUUUUGAUAACUAUCGCCCAAUUUCAGUUCUCCCAGCAAUAUCGAAAGUAAUGGAGACCAUCAUAAUUCACCGUCAGGUUAUGAAUUUUUUGAAUGAAAAUAAACUAUUAUCGCAAAAUCAAUUUGGCUUCAGACCAAAAAUGUCUACCGAGUUGGCGGCGGUGAAGUUUAUCGAUGAAAUUCGUAUGAGUGUUGAUAAAGGCAAUUUGGUUGGAGCUGUAUUUAUUGAUUUGACUAAGGCAUUCGACAUGAUUAGCCACUCUAAGCUGCUAAGUAAGCUACCCCAGUAUGGCAUAAAUGGAACUGAACUAGAUUGGUUUAAAAAUUAUUUGUUUAGACGGGCAGCUUGCGUUUCAUACAAUAACCAUAUUUCUCAGAAAUGUUAUCUUCGGUCCGGUGUCCCACAAGGGUCAAUACUAGAUCCUUUACUGUUUUUGAUAUCAUUUAAUGACAUUGUCGAUGUAAUUGAACAAUCCAGAAUAGUGAAAUAUGCCGACGAUGUUGUUUUGUAUGUAGAGGAUAAGAAUAUGGAGUCAAUCAAAUCAAAACUGACGAACGAUUUGGCCAAUGUUGCGGUCUGGUUGGAUGAAAAUGAUCUAAUUAUCAACUUAAAUGAAGGGAAAACCGAAGCAUUACUAUUUGGAACAGCUAAGCGUAUAUGCAAAUCAAACGAGUCUUUGUCUACACCGUAUGGAAAUACAGUUAUUAAUCUCACAAAGAAAUACAAGUAUCUUGGUGUUGAAGUUGACUCCACAUUAAAUCUUAACACUCAUUUUGAUGCUUGUUUUAAACGUGCAUCAACAAGGUUACGUCUACUAUCCAAAAUUAGAGAUAAUUUAAACGUGGACUCGGCGAGAACGAUUUAUCAGUCAAUGAUCACACCGCUUUUGACAUACUGUGGACUUUUGAAUCUUAAAUUAACGUCAACACAACUGCAUAAAUUAGCUUCUUUUCGGGAACGAGCCACUAAAGUUAUUUUUAAGGAUUUUCGACCUGAUACAGAGCUCCCAUCGAUUAUGGAUUUAAGGAAGAAGCGUGCCUGUGAAAUAGUUAGAAUGAUUUUAGAUGGCAAUAUUCCGGAGGCCUUAAUGGAUCAUUUUGUAAUUAAAGAUCAUGGACGUGAAGCACGAAACCGAGGUUGUUUGAUAAUCUUACCAACCAUAAAACUUGAAUAUGCAAGAAGAUGA